AUGAGCCGUGUUCAUGCUGUCGAAUGUAGAAAAGAAGUCGGGUUCAGUGGUGGUCUAGGAGGUGGAUUUGGUGGUGGUUCAAGUGGAGGAUUUGCACAGUCACCCACCAUGAAGCUACUGAUCACUUCACUUUUCAUCGCCAUUGCGAGGGCGGCACCCGAUGGAUACGGAAGUGGAGGUGGAGGAGGAUUCUCUGGCGGUGGAGGAUUCUCCAGUGGUGGAGGUGGAGGGUUCUCCGGAGGAGGCGCAGGAUUUUCUGGUGGUGGAGGAUUCUCUGGAAGUGGAGGAUUCUCAGGCGGUGGAGGUGGUGGUGGAGGAGGAUAUGGAGGAGGAGGAUGCAAUGCAGGAGAGAUUCUUCAUGUUGAUGGCUCCUGCGUCGUUCCCAUAAUCUCACGCAACGUAUUUGUCUAUGACGCACCCGAACAGCAGGAAGAAAGUGGUCCACCGCCAAGUAUUCCUCCACCAAGAAUCGACCACAACAUCCUAUUUGUCCGCGUUCCUGAGAAGGGAGCAGCACCUGAGCCAAUCAUCGUUCCUCCACCAAGGCAACAGAGCGUGGUGUACGUCCUGAACAAGGAUGAUGGAGGAGGAGGACAGCAAGUGAUCGAAGUGACAGCUCCUCCACCGUCCAACCCUGAGGUUUACUUCGUCAACUAUGCUGAAGGAGAUAACCCUCAACUGCCCAUUGGAGUUGAUCUCCAGACUGCUCUCCAAGCGGCUGCCAACGGCGGAGGACAAGUCAUCGGCGGAGGCGGAGCAGGAGGAUUUGGCGGUGGUUCCGGUGGCGGAUUUGGCGGUGGUGCAGGAGGAGGAUUUGGCGGUGGUUCCGGUGGUGGACUUGGCGGUGGCUCCAGUGGUGGAUUUGGCGGUAGUUCCGGCGGCGGAUUUAGCGGUGGAUCUGGUGGCGGAUUUGGCGGUGGUGCAGGAGGAGGAUUUGGCGGUGGUGCAGGAGGCGGAUUUGGAGGUUCGGGAGGUGGAUUCGGUGGUGGCUCAGGUGGUGGAGUUGGCGGUAGCUAUAGCCCUCCAGCCCCCUCAAAUGCCUAUUCUGCACCAUAA